CAUAAACGCAUUCAGUGUAGGGCGAAGCAGGGGUACACAAUGAGGGGCAACUUUUACUACUAUGAAACUUAAGAGUAAUGGCAACAAAUUGUUUAAAAUAAUUAUCAACAGUCCCUCGUGAAUCCAUAACCUGUCCCUUGGGUUUGACUUUUUUUGUAGUUUAGUUCUCCCGGAAAGGGCUUCUACACUUCUACACUGUUCGUACACUUUUUUCUUUUUCUCGGUAAAGAAUGUGUGAGAGACAUUUAGCAAGCUAAUGCUAGUUAGCGAGCUAAUGCUAGCUAGCUAGCUUAGCUAACUAGCUAGCCGAGAGGGUGACAGAGGCGGCGGGAGAACAAAAGGUUUUUUUGUCCGGUUGUACCGACACCGGGUCCAUGCAGAGCGGGUCGCUGCCAUCACAAUGCCGGUACUACUUUUCCUGAUAGACACGUCCGCGUCCAUGAACCAGCGCACCCACCUGGGCACUUCCUAUCUGGACAUAGCUAAAGGCGCCGUGGAGACCUUUAUGAAGCUCAGAGGCAGAGACCCGGCCAGCAGGGGGGACCGGUACAUGCUGGUCAAUUACGAAGACGUUCCGUUCGGGAUCAAGGCUGGGUGGAAGGAGAGCCACGCCACCUUCAUGACGGAGCUCAGGAACCUUCAGGCAGCAGGUCUCACCUCCAUCGGCACGUCUCUGCGGACGGCGUUUGAUUUGCUCAACCUCAAUAGAUUAGUGACGGGGAUAGACAACUAUGGACAGGGAAGAAAUCCCUUUUUCCUCGAACCUGCCAUCAUAAUCGCCAUCACCGACGGCAACAAGCUGACCAGCGGCGGAGGAGUCCAAGAUGAGCUGCACCUCCCUCUGAACACGCCGCUGCCGGGCAGCGAGCUCACCAAGGAGCCGUUCCGCUGGGACCAGCGUCUGUUCGCUUUGGUGUUACGCAUCGCCGGCAACGCCUCCGUGGAGCCCGAGCCCCUCGGCGGCGUCCCGCCAGACGACUCCCCCAUCACCCCCAUGUGUGAGGUCACUGGAGGACGCUCCUACAGCGUGUUCUCUCAGCGCAUGUUGAAUCAGUGUCUGGAGUCUCUGGUGCAGAAGAUCCAGAGCGGAGUAGUGAUCAACUUCGAGAAGACCGGACCUGAUCCUCCUCCUCUAGAGGAUGCUGAGGUGCUGAAGUCAGGUCCUCAGACUUGGCACUGCUGUCACAAGCUGAUCUACGUGCGACCAAAUCCUAAGACCGGAGUCCCCAUCGGUCACUGGCCGAUCCCCGAGGCCUUCUGGCCGGACCAGAACUCCCCCACCUUGCCCCCCCGCUCUGCCCACCCACAUGUCCGCUUCUCCUGUCUGGACUCCGAGCCGAUGGUCAUUGACAAGGUUCCUUUCGACAAGUACGAGCUGGAGCCGUCGCCCCUCACUCAGUUCAUCCUGGAGAGGAAGUCUCCUCACACCUGCUGGCAGGUGUUUGUGUGUAACAGUGCCAAGUACAGCGACCUGGGUCAACCCUUCGGCUACCUGAAGGCCAGCACGGCGCUCAACUGUGUCAACCUGUUUGUGAUGCCCUACAACUACCCGGUGCUGCUGCCGCUGCUGGACGACUUGAUCAAAGUUCACAAGUUCAAACCAACCAUCAAGUGGCGUCAGUCCUUUGAGAACUACCUGAAGACGAUGCCUCCGUAUUACAUCGGGUCGCUGAGGAAGGCGCUGAGGAUCAUGGGAGCCCCCAACCUGCUGGCCGACAACAUGGAGUACGGCCUGAGCUACAGCGUGGUGACGUACCUGAAGAAGCUCAGCCAGCAGUCCAAAAUGGAGUACGACCGUCUGAUCGCUCUGAUCGGCAAGAAGCAGGUGCCCGAGGCCGGCAUCAAGGUGCGCUGGCGAGGAGGAGGGGGGCUGGGGGGCGUGUCUCUGGCCCAGCGGAGGGACUUCAUCCAUCAGCUGCUGAGUCUCUCCGGAGAAGCUCCGCCUCCUCCCACAGAGCUCAACCCCAAGGAGUUCCAGGGCUUCCAGCUGGCGCUUCUCAACAAGGACCUGAAGCCUCAGAGCUUCAGGAACCCCUACGACAUCCCCCGCAGCCACCUGCUGGACCAGCUGAGCCGCAUGAGGAGGAACCUGCUCAACACCGGCGUCUGCUCCCUGCGGGGGCAGGACUCAGACCAGCUCCACAGCGUCCCCAUAGCCCAGAUGGGGAACUACCAGGACUUCCUGAAAGCCGCCCCUCAACCCCUCCGGGACGCCGACCCCGAGCAGCCCAAACGCCUGCACACCUUCGGCAACCCCUUUAAGCUGGACAAGAAGGGCAUGAUGAUCGACGAGGCGGAUGAGUUUGUGACGGGACCCCAGAACAAAGGGAAGCGGCCCGGGGGGGAUGGCGGCAACAUGGCGGGGGGAGGACCCAAGAGGCGGCGCUGCAUGUCCCCUCUGCUGCGUCUGGGACGGGCCUACACGCCUCCCGUGACGCCGCCUGCUAGCCCGCGACCGACGGACGUGGACCUGACUGACGAAGCACCGGAGCCAAACCUGAUCCUGAACCACCUGGACCAGAACCACUACUGCUCAGAUGGGGGCUCGGACUCGGAGGCGGAGCUCUCGUCGCUUGUCAUUGACCACAAGGAGAACCACGUGGACCCUGAGGACCUUGGGCCCGGGAGGGAGGAGGAAGAAGAGGAGGAGGCGGAGGAGGAGGAGGAGGAGGAGCAGCAGCAAGCGGAGGAAGAAGAUGAAGAGGAGAACGGAGGCGGACCAGCGGUACCGUUCGGCGACGAAGGAGCGGAGCUGAUGCUCGUGGACCAGCUGCCGCCUCGCUACCUGUCUCCCACGGCCCUGAAGAAGCACAUCGCCAUGGAGACUACCAAGGUCAACAACGAGCUGAGGACGCUCAUCACCAAGGAGAUCAGGAGGCCCGGCAGACACUACGAGAGGAUCUUCCUCCUCCUGAAGCAGAUCCAGGGAACUCUGGAGACCCGACUCAUCUUCCUCCAGAACAUCAUCAAAGAGGCAGCCAGGUUCAAGAAGCGAGUCCUCAUCGAGCAGCUGGAGAACUUCCUGGAGGAGAUCCACAAUCGAUCCAUGAGCCUGAACCACGUGGACUCUCUCUGAGACCAGUUCACUUGGGCGACCCCGCCUGUCUCAUCGAGGAGGCGGGGCCAGACCCUGAGGGGCGGAGCCAGUCCCGUGUUUCUACACUCCAAUAAAUGAAGCGCUCCUUGUCCUCGAGGACGAGUCGUUAAUAAGUAAUAAAGCAUUUGAUCAGCUCAGGACCGCACAGCUUCUCACUCAGCAAUACAGGUUGUUCCUCCCCGUCACCCCCACGUGUCCCCCGCCUCAGGACCUGUCCUGACGGGCUGCCAAACCCCCCCUUUCCUCCCCCUUUCCUCCCCCUCCGUCUCCUGGCGACGCCGUGAAAGCACUUGUGUAGAUUUGAGAAUGUUUAUUUAGCGUAAUUUAAAAACACCUUUUUGUUUUGUUUUUCUUUAGUUAAAUCUUCUCAAAUCUGCACAAAGUUCCUGACCGACCAGAACCUGCCAUACUUUGUCUCUGUUUGUGAAGAGGCGGCUACCAAAAGAGUAUUUUGAAUACGCUGUAAAGAUGUAAAUAAUCCAAGAGUACUUAUUUAAAGAGUAUGUUCAGAGGAAAACGGCCUUUUUGUAAGUAUUUCCAUGAAUAAAGUUUCUAUUUUACACUGUGAAGGCUCGUGUAAAUAAAGUGUGUAAAGACUA